AGAGACUGCGGACACAGUACAGGGAUGAUGACCAGAGACUGCGGACACAGUACAGGAGAUGACCAGAGACUGCGGACACAGUACAGGGAGAUGACCAGAGACUGCGGACACAGUACAGGAGAUGACCAGAGACUGCGGACACAGUACAGGAGAUGACCAGAGACUGCGGACACAGUACAGAUGACCAGAGACUGCGGACACAGUACAGGAGAUGACCAGAGACUGCGGACACAGUACAGGAGAUGACCAGAGACUGCGGACACAGUACAGGGGAUGACCAGAGACUGCGGACACAGUACAGGAGAUGACCAGAGACUGCG